ACCACCGGGGCCCCACGUACCAGCACCGGAAUAGGUGGGGAUGCACCGGGGGUCCCGCCCCCCCUCCCGGCGUAGCUCUCCCCGCCGCGACCUCCCGCCAGCAGGGGGCGCGCUGGCGCGGCAGAGCGUCGUCUCUCCCCGCCGUCCAAUGAACGCGAUGUGUUUCGGCGGGAAAGGAGCGGAUGGUGGGGGGGAGAGCCGGAAGUGGCGCUCUCCUCUUCCGGUGGGGGUGGUCGCCAUGUCGGAGGGGCGGCCGCUGCGGCUGUUGGGGCUUCACGGUUACCGGCAAAGCGAGCGGCGCUUCCGCCAGCGGACAGGCGCCCUGCGCAAGGCCCUGCGCGGCCGCGCGGAGCUGGUGGCGGUCAACGCGCCGCACGCCGUGCCCGGCGGCGAGGACGACGAUAGGGACGACCCACCCCGCGGCUGGUGGUUCUCAGGGCCCGGCACCUUUGAGGCGGGGGAGGCGGCGGCGGCGCCGGCGGGGCUGGAGGAGUCUCUGUCAGCCGUGGCGACGGCGCUGGUGGAGCACGGGCCCUUUGACGGGCUGCUGGGCUUCAGCCAGGGCGCGGCGCUGGCCGCCAUGGUGUGUGCCCUGCGGGCCCGCGGCGACCCCCGCUUCCCCGUGGCCUUCGCCGUCCUGGUGGCCGGUUUUGCCAGCCGCGCCCCGGCCCACGGCCACUUCUACCGGGAGCCCAUCGCCUUGCCCACGCUGCACGUCGUGGGCGAUGCUGACGCCGUCAUCGCGGCCCCCCUCAGCAGGGAGCUGGCCCGGCGCUUCGUGGAGCCUGUUGUCCUCACCCAUCCCGGCGGGCACUUCGUCCCUGCGGCUGCGCCACAGAAGAAGGCCUACCUCGACUUCUUGGACCGUUUCCACCCCAGACAGGGAUAGGCAGAGCCCCCGGGGGCUGGGGCGGUUUGAUAACAGUCUCUGUAAUAAAUGAGGCUCCAGCAAGCCACGUGCAGCCUGC